CAUGUUUUACAAUCUAGAAUCUACUUACACGAAACGUGAGUACAUCAUAUUAUAAUAAAUACGAUUUCUUAGACUGCGAUAGUAAUCGAAUUUUACCAUUUAGCCGUGGCGGGAAGUCUGUGUCCGUGUGCUCCGGUUAAUCGUAAAAAAAUUAAUAAUAAUGAUGGUAUUGUCAUCCAGUUUUCGUUAUUUGUUUCCGCGCAAAAUAAUAUUGUCGACGACGCGUACAAAUGAAGAAAUUCAACUCGUUUCUUUAGUUCUAUUGAAUAAUUAAAAUGUCCCGGUCGUUUUUGUAUUUCGUAAUCUCAGAGCAUUUGCCCAGUUAGUACGAUGCACCAAUCAUUAAUGUGGUCUGUCAAAGGAAACAUAAUAUACAUUUGUGGACUCCGGAGAAGCACGUUCCUUUGUAUCGGGUAUGUAAUAUUUUACGUGUCUUUUUUGAUGGCGGGAGCCGCGGUGUUCACACAGAUCGAACAACCGGAACAAGAUAAGGUGGUUGGAAGACUCAAGUUGGCUAAACUGAACUUCAUCGAAGAAAAUCCCGGAAUAGAUCGUAAGUGAACUCGUUUUUUUUGUUUUUCAAACCAACGUUCAUUAAAUUUAUGAAUUUAUAAACCUACUUGUUUAAUUUAUUCGAUAAAUAAACGAUUUAUUUGACAAAUAAUUAUAAUACCUAAAAUAAUAAUAUUCGUAUUAUUUAAUUUAUCCCUAUUCGGAUUUCGGUUUUAAUUUAAACGUUUAAUUUCAAAGUAAAAAUUAAUAUUUAAAGCCGGUUUCAAACGGUUAAAUAUUUCACAUUGAAAAACGUCAAGUAUUUUAGAACCUUUUAAAAUAUUUGAAAGGUUUGGAAAACAUAUGAUUAUAUCUGAUUGAUAUCAUAUUUCGUAACCAUCGUAUAUAGCACGAACGACUAUAACUGCUUGAGCAUAAUAAAUAGCAGUGCGGACUAAAAAGCUGUUCAUUUUUAUAAAUCACUACCUAGUUAUAAAUAAUUAUGAUUAUUUCGACAUAAUAGUUGGUAGUCAAAACCUUUGUUCCAACUAUUUUGUAGUUUGUAGUUUGGCACACUUUAAAUAUUUUUUAAAAUAUUUUGACUGUAUAGAUAAAUAAUUUCGCUCUAAAAAUGUAAACUUAUAAAUUAAUUUAUAAAUAAAAUAUCUAAAAACGCAAAGUCUUGAUUUAUUUUGUUAGAUAUUGUUGUAAAUGUUAUGACCAUUUCCGACAAAAAGCAAAUAAAGAAAUUCACGUCUUAAUCGUUGAUUAUUAUUAUUUUUUUAGAUUCUGAACGUAGCGAGAGAUCUAUUAGUUUUACUAUGAUGUGAGUUUGAUUUUGUUUUUUUUUCUUUGUGUGUACGGAAUUUAUCAACCAAAAAACUUACUCCAAUCGAAAAAUUACAAGAGAAUUUUUUGUUCAAUUUUGGAUUUAGUUGGUGCAUUAAACAGGUCAUUUUUGAUUUUUCGAGGGGUUUUCAUUGUUAAAUAAAUAAAUACAACUAGGAGGUAGUAAGUUAUAGGUUCAAUAUAUUUGUUCAUACAAUAAAAUUAAUGACUGAAUAAAAGUAUUUAUGGAUAAUAACGGAUCGAACGCUAUAAGACGGACCUCACUUGAACACGCCCGAGGCUAUCUGUUCCAUGUCCACUCACACUCCUCUAUGACGGUCGUAUCACUAUUACGGUGAUAAUUUAGAUAAUAAUAACAAAUGUGAAAACUCAAAAAAAAUUAAAAUAAAAAUGAACAAAUUUACGACACAUGGUUACAUUACUUUAAAUUUGUACGCUUAAUUAUCUUUAUCAGAAAUCUUACUCCAGUAGAAAAUCUAUAGUUUUGUUGCAUUUUUAAUCGAGUUGGCGAUAUAUUUUGUAAUUUGUAUUUUAUUUUAAUUUGAAAUUUCGACUUUAAUCCAUUUUGUAUUAAUUUAUUACGUUAUGAUGACCUCAAAAUUAUGUUGUAUAAAAAAUAAAAAGCUAAUACUGGAAAUGGGUAUGCCACUGUUGUAUGAGGGAAAUUGGGAAGGUAGGAUAUAUAAAGUUAUUUAAUUUAUAUCUGUAAACAACGAUAAAUAAUUAAUAACGCAAAACAAUUUAAAGUUAUUAGGUUAUACAUACAAUUUCGAAGGAAACUAAUAUUUACGAUUUUCGUCAAAAUUUUAUAUUAUAACUCUUACAAAAAAAACUAUAUUACACUCAACAAAUUUUUUUGACCACUAAGUACAACUUAUAAAGAACCUCCUGUUAAAUUUUCAAUUAUUUCUGUUUGGUCAAACAAUUUUAUCUACAGAGUAACUAUUAAAUAAAAAUGACGGACAAAACUCGCAAAAUUAAAUUUUCUAUUUACUACGCCUAGAAAAGACAAACAUAAGUUUUCGGUCAAAAUUUCAAGGCUACGAAUAUUUUCAACCUAAAAACAAAAAAAAAUUAAAAUAAUAAAAGCAUUGUUUUCGUAAAUUAUCUCGUUUUUUCUAAGUUUUUUUUCGGUUAACAGUUUUGUUGCUUAAAAAAACUACAGUGAAACUUAAAAAAAUGACUUUCUUAUUCAUCAACUGUUGCAAUAAAAAUGAAACAAAAAAGGUCUUUUGUUGUUUUUUUUUUUAAAAACUCUUUGGAAAAUCAAAAAAACGACUUCUUUAAUGCAUCGUCUAGAUACAAUUUCCUUUCAGAAAAGGUGCUAUACUUAAAAUAUCGAAGCAAGUUUUCUUUUCGAAAAGUUGUUUACAGACAAAAAAAAAAGAAAAGAAAAGAACACAUCAUAGUAAAACCAAUAGAUCCUUUUCUCCGUUCGGAAUCUAGAAUUGUCAUUAUAACCAUAUAACUAUAUUUUAACUAUUAUAUAUCGUAAUACUCGUAGCUUUACACUUUAUUUUUUUUUAUUAUGUAUGAGUAUAAAACAUACUCUUUUUUUUUUUUUUGUAUUAUUAUUUGUUUUAUUGGUAGAGAACUACAAAAGGCAAUAAUUCAGCAAAAUAUGUUACAUAAUAAUAAUAUCAUCGUAUCAUAUUCUGAUUAGAACUGAGGUUAUUUAUAAUAAUAUUAUUAGGUAUAUAGUUCCAAGUGAGUUAUUCGUUUUCCAAUCGGGUAAUGUGCUCUAUUUCGAUUAUAAAACUUUUAUUUAUCAGCAAAUAUAACAUGCAAAAAGUUUUCGCGCAACAACUUUAUACUGAUAAGGACACGAUAUACCCGUAGCAUAAUAUAGUGCGUCGACGAUAAUCAGAUGUCCCAAAAAGUCUAAAAACUCCGGUCGUACAUUUUCGCCGCAUAUAAAAUAUAUAUUUUUACAUAAUAUUUACUCAUAACAUUGUUGAUCGUAAACAGUAUUAUGAUUGUUAAAAACAAAUACAACACUUCAUGUUUGUAAUAUUUUAACAACGACGAGUUUAACGCAACUCGUCGAAUUAUCUCAAAAGCACGUAGGUACUCGUAAUAAGUAGUGACUAUAUCGUCUUAUAUAUUUUAAAUUCUGAGUGUACGAUGAAGAAGCUUUAUAUUAAUUUUUCUAAGAUGUGUGUGAUUGUGUUUUUUUUUCUUUUUGAUUUGGUAAAAAUGUUCAUGCCGUACUUCGUACAUUAAAAGAUGCGGGCUUUUCACCGGACGCUAGAUUAUUUGAAAAAAAAUGUCUAGCUUCCCGAUAAUUUUUUUUAGAUUUUUUUAAAAAAAAACUGUCAACAAUAAUUAAGAACAAUUCAUUAUAAUUAGGAAAAACCGGAAAAAAUGUUAAAUGAAAACUGAUAAAUUGAUGGUGUUACGAUUUCAUUAUAUCAAAUGUCUACGCUUUAUACAUUCUACCAGUUUAUAUUGCUCCAACAGAAAAACGACACAAGAAACCUUUUUGUCCUUUUUUAAUCUAGUUAAUUAGUAAGAAAGUCGUUUUUGAAUUUUCCGUAGUUUUUUAAUAAUUGAGCGAAACGGAUAAAAAAAACUUAGAAAUAACGGGAAAAUGCACGAAAAUAAUGCUAUUGUUAUUUUCAAUUUUAUUUUUUUGUUGUAAUUAAAUUUAAAAUAUUCGUAGAGACUUGCAUUUUUGACAGAAAAUGUAUGUUUGCCUUUCUAGGCGUGGUAACAUUUUCAAAACAUUUAAGUCAUUUUUGAAUUAUUUAUUGACAUUUUUUCGGCCGAACAGAAAUACUUGGAAAUAUAAUAGAAAAAAAAAAUAAAAAUUCGAAGAUAAUGUAAUGUUUUUUUUUUAUGUGCAUAAUAAAUUCAAAUUUUGACGAAAAUCGUAAAAAUUAGGAAAUUUCAAAAUAAUGUGUAUACAACUGAAUUUUGCUCAGAAUCAUAUUAUUUUUUUUAUUAUUAUUAUUAUCAACGACCGUUCUGAUUACACGAUUCCUAAUCAAAAAAUAUUAUGGAAUAUAAACUGUUCGACGACGACACAGUAUAAUUUUAAAGGAAUUCAAAUUUUCAAUACCUGCGGUAUUAUUAUAAUUCAGAGUUAUUACUUUCCGUAGAUCUUAUUAUGCUGCUAUAUUUUCAUUUAUUUGAUUAAUUUAUUCUCGUUACACACAUUUCGUUGCACCACCGUUAUUAUAUAUACAUGUAUAAAUAUUAUACAUGAGAGACGAGAUAAAAUAUAUAUUUUCGCGUCGUUCUACCUACGUUACGGCAGUAUAAAAACCCACGCAAACAAAACUUAUCCGUGAGUCUCAUCCAAGUCUGCUAUAAUAUAGCAAAUUUGCGAUGUUUCGAAAUCACCGAGGCGUUCAGCACCGUAUACCUACAGUGAUGUUCGUAUUUGUUUUACAAAACCGUCGUCAUAAUAUAAUAAUAUAAAAUAACGCACGAGUACCGUUAAAUUCCAUAUAAUAUUUGUUUUAUUAUUGUGUACUUUAUUAUUUCUUCGUAAACAAUACAAAUAUUACGUCGCUUGUUAUUAUUAUUUUUGCGCCGUGGAUACGAGGUGAAGAGCAGAAAAGGCGCUAACUCCGUCGGCGUGUUUUAUAAUCGUCCAAAAAGUUACUUGCAUUCUCCUACACUUUUAUUCCGACAAUUAUUCGUGGCCCGAAAAGAUACACAAAGUAAAUAGCUACGAGUAUUAAUAUCUUAUACAAUUAUUUUAAAUAUCUUGGCAUACCUACUUUAAUAUUAUAAUAAAUAAUUAAGUUAUUUAGUUAAUCGUUAUUGUUUAUAACGAUUCCGUUUAAGUAUAGGUUGGCUAUUCGAACGCCGCGGUGUGUUUCGCGCUUUAUACGCUUUAUAACAUAUUACAAUACAUGUCUAUUCCUUUUCGUUAUUUCGAAGGAAAUAUAAUGUAAGGUAGCAAUCGAAUUAUUCGAAAAUAUUUCCACAGUUAUUAAUCGUCCCGCCUCUGACGAUAAUUGGGUACAAAGUAGAAUCUCAGAAUAACAUCUACUAUUGGUUUUUCGACUUAUCAUUGAUGUAACAUUCAUUAUAGAUUCUAAGUGAAACGAAGAAUAAUAUUAUUUUUAUUUUAGUAUAUUAUAUAGUUUUAGAGAACAUUUUUCCCAUAUGAUUUCGAUGAAAUUACUUACUCCGAUCAAACACUUCACGGGGGGAGGGGGGUUAUCUAGUUAACCCAUUUUCCUUUUUCCAGCAGAUUUUUGUUUUAGUUUUCUCCUGGCAUAAGUUCAAGUACAAAAAACUACCCCAUCAACGCACUGAGUAGAUACAAAUUCGAUACCAGAAACCAUCCCCAAAAUAUUGAUGAUCAAAAUCAGUUUCUGAAAAUAGUAUCACUAUGUUUUGGAUGACGUAGGCAUAAAUUCACAUUAAAAAUGUAUAAUGUAAAUAAAAAUGUUGUGUAUUCAAAAAUUAUUCAGAUUUGUUAACGUUCUCGUUAAAAUAAUGUACCAUAAAUAUUCUUCCAAUCAAAUUGCACGACAUGAAUGAAAGCCAUUUUGAUGUUCCGCAUUUUUAAAUUUGCAUACAUUUCAACGUUUAACAUUUGAAUAUAUUUUUUGAUAUAAACACAUUUUAAUGUAAUAGUAAUAACAAAUCCUCAACAUGCAUAUGCCAUACAUUCUAUACCUAUGUAAUAGGUGUGUAGUUUUUUUUUUUUCAUAUAUUAUUUUCUCGGUUAUAAUUAUUAUUCAAAUGGAAAUAUUUAACUCAAUUAUGACUGCUUUUUAUAUUUAAUAAUUAAAUAUAAAAAUAAACAGAAUUAUAUAUGAUUUAAAAUAAAGUACAAUAUUGUACUUAAGAUAAUAUAUUGUUUUAAAUAUAUAGGUAAUGUGAGAAAUUAUACUGAAAAGUAUAUCUUUGUUCCCAGGGAGUCUAAUGCCAAUUUUCGGUAUUUUAUUCAUUUUGUAUGAAAUAUGUUUCCCUUAAUUGUUUGGUCUAAAUCGCAUAAGUGCAUGAAUGUUCUAACACAUACUCUACUGAAAAUUAUAACAUCUUAAAUCAGUUUUGUUUGGUAAAAAAUACAUAAGUCAUAUGUGAUCUUACGCGAUAUAGAACGGUCAUUUUGAUAAGUUUAUUUAGCUAUUUAACAGUGAUGCCAGUACGUUACUUAAAAAUAUUCAAAUUUUAAUUCAGUUUUAUUAAAAAUUGUAUAAAAUUGACUUAAGCUCUUUUUUCUACAGACCAAAAUGUAAUUAUUUUAAUUGAUUUUUUUUUAAAAAAUCGUUUAAUUAAAAAAUAAUGCUUAUUGUUUUCUUUCGCAUUCAACGCUAAAUUUUUAAUUUUAUGAUUUUAUUAUGGUGAAUAUAAUCAUACGUCAAAUCAAUAGUUAAAAUUAUAAAUUUCUAUAUUAAUGAUAAUAAUAAUAUGUCCCACCAUUGGCAACAUAAUAAUCGUCUUAUUUAAAUUUAUAUGUAAAGCUUUGUUUCUAUGUAACAACAUUAUAAUAUGGUUGGCUGGUAGGUAUAGAUGGUUUAUCGUGUAUACUGAUCAUGUAGGUUCAUUAUUAUUCAUAUAAUCGAAUUGUUUAAAACCUAUCUCCGGUGUUUCUUACCAGACAUGAUAUUAAAAUUCGAGAGUAAGUCAAGUCCCAAAGCUUAUAAUGUAUACAUGUAUACAUAAAUUAUUUAAUAUAAUUUCCGGGUUCAUAUUAUUAUUAUGUUAUAUUACAUUUUUUCCAUCGAAAAUUCACAUUUUUUUUCCCCCGUGUCCUAUAGAUGUAUAAAUCUAUAUCUAUAUACAGGAUGUAAAUGUAGGUAAAUAAACAACAUAAAACGAUUUUUAAAAAUUGUAUAAGAAAAAAAAAAUAUUUGUUAAAAACAUGCUUGACGCGUACGAUAUGUCGUUUAAUAUUCAUAAUCAUACAGUACCACUUACUGUUCACAACUAAUUCGUAGACUUUUACCAUAAUAAAAAAUUCAAUGGAAAUAUUGAACACAAGAAAUUAAUAAGAUUUAAUACAUCCGCAGCGUUUAUUAGUUACAUUUUCAAAAAAAAAAAAAAAACAUACAAAUUUAGGUGCUUUAUUGUAUUAUUAGUAUUUCUAUUAUUUAUUAAUAUAAAUAAUUAUUACGAAUUUCCAUAUAAUUAAAAUUAUUUUAAAAAAACUAUGUGGAUUAUAUUAUGAAAAAAUAAUAUGACAUUGCCACUUCGAUAUUUUCGUGAAAAGUUUCUGAUUUCUUUAGAAAACAUUAUAGAAAGACGUUUUUAUUCACACCCAUCAAUAUAUUCGUACAUAUAAAAAAGGACAUAAUCUCAUUAAUCAUCAAUUUUAUUAUUUAACCUUCAAUUUUGUAUUUUUUUUCCCCCAUUCUUCUUCAUAUCACCUUGAUAUUUAAAUGUUUUGUUAAAUUUGUUCGUACAUUCCACUAUCAAUUUGACCCCUUAUUAUAUAAUUGAUUAACGUUAAAACGGUGUGUACCUAUAAAAAUACCUAUUAUAUUUAGCAAUUAUUAUACUUUUUUUCACGUUUAAAAACAAGAUCAAUGUUUUAAUAAAUAUGCUCGGUUUAUGUUUUCAGAUUUUGAAAUACGUUUAAUAUAUAGGUUAUAAUGAAAAAAACAAAUAAACAAAAUUGGAUUAAUAAUAAUUUACAGUACAACUACCGAUUGUAGUAUAAAAAAAAACUAUUUUUAUAAUAUUAAAUAACAUUAAUAAUAAUAUAGCCAUAUUGAUAGAUUAUCAAAUUCUAGGUGGGUACAAAAUAAAAUUCCGAGUACUUUAUAUAUAUAUAUAAAUAUAGGUUCUGAAUUCGUAUAUGAAUAAUUCAAAGGAAUACCUAUAGUACAAGUGUUGAAAACAUAGUGUUACACUUACAAAGGUUGGCGAUUAAAUAGGUUUUUUCGUUUAGUGUUCUUAAAAAUAAAACGUGACCUGUUUAAAAUUUCUCUUCAAAGUUUUGAUACUCUUUAACCCCUCAUGGACAUAUGUGACAUACCUAUGACAUGUAUAUAACUCAUAUUUUAUUGCCUCGAAAAUAUAAAAAAAAGGUCUCAUAUUAUAUUUUGUUUUAUAUUUGAUAUUGCAAAAAAAUAAUAAUAAUAAUAAUAAAACAGGACGUUCCCUGUAUAUAUGAUGGUUACAAAAAAAGAAAACAAAAAAAAAGGUAGGUGAUUAAUCAAAAUACAAUACAAAAAGAGAUUCGUUAAUAAUAAUUAUAUUCUAUUUAUAUUUUUUCCACGAUGAUUUCAAUACGAAUAAUAAAAAACAGUAUGGAUUAUUAAUUUAAUAUCUUCAGUGUACAAGUAAGUUAUGAACAAUGUAGGUACCGUUCCAAUAGCGGUAAUUAAACUUAGAACUCCUACUAUGUUAUAAUUUAUAAUAUAGGUACCUGCUUUAAAUAGAAUGACAGAUAACACGAAAUACAGAAAUACGAAUAAGUAAAACAAUAAAAGUCUGAUAUACUUUACACCAUACUGAUGUACUGGUGUAGGUACGAAAUUUUGAAGGUAUAGUGUAGAUUUAUUUAGCUGAUAUAUUAAAAAAAAAAAAAAAAACGAUAAAUAUUGUGAAAAAAAACCGAUUCUGAAGCUUGAUAAAUUGAUAAUGUCAUAGUAUAAGUUUUUUUCCCCCUAUGUAUAGCCAUGGUAUAUAAAUAUAACCUACACAAAUCGACCAAAAAUAAACUAUACAUCGUCAUUUGUUGUUUGUUUUUGUUUUACUGUUUUAGAGAAACUCCAACUUAACAAUUUUCAAAAACCACUAGAUAAAAAUCAGUAACUUUCAUGAGUACAUUAUAAAAUGUAAACAAUUUGAGCCGAGAAAUUGUUUCCCGAGUAAAAUCACAUUUUAGUAAAACCAAUAGCAUUCUUCGAUACAUACAGGAUCUAAUAACAAUAAUACAUAUUAUUAAUUAUUAUUAUUAGUACACAAUAUACUAAUAAUACAUAUUCAUUUAAAAGUCCCCUGUAAGUAUUACGUUUUAUAACUAUUACUUGCACUACAAUAUAUUUAAGACAUGACUAGUGACUAAACUGAUAAAAUAAGUAGUUUUAACGAAUUUGAACUAUUUAAUUAGUUACUCGAUAUUAAUUAUUUAUUAUUAUUUUUUGAAAAUUUAAACAAGAUUUCUGGUUCAAAUUUGUACAGUAUAAAAAAAAAUAAACAUCAAUAUUAAACCAAUACAUUCCUCGCUUCGCACAGAAUCGAAAAGAAAAAUCUAUCGUUCUAUAUUUAAUGUUAAUUCAAUGUUGCAAACAUUUGACAUUUUAUUUGACUAAAAAAACUUUAUUUUCAUUACAAUAUAUACAUAAUUAUAAUACAUACAUACGUAUAUAUUUGUAAAUAAAAAAAAAACAUACAUUUCAAUUCUUUGUAACAUGCAACCUUUCCUAGUUUUAAAUUCUGAACGAAAAGUCUAAAAGUUAUUAUAGUUUUACUGAGAUGUUUGUGUGGUUUUUUUUUUACGGAAAACACUUUUUUUGGUUCGUUAAAAUGUUUCAAAACUUUCACAUCGUGUACUUUAAAAGACACAGAUUUUCCAUCCAGUGUUACUUUAUUUAAAAAAUACAUGUUUCUUGAUUCCCAAUUGUUAUUCUAAAAAUAUUUUGAUUUUUUAUGUUAUUUGUAGAUAAAUAUUUGAAACUGUUUUUUUUUUUUUUUUGGAUUGUAUGUGGCCCCGUAAAAAUUCACAAUAAUUUGAUAUUUGUUCCUUGGGAACAUUAUAAGUUAUACUAAGUGGUAAAACAAAAUAUGUGCGUUAUAACUUUAUAAGGUCAAAUAUAUGAUACAAUUAUUUCAAAAUAUGAAAAAUAAUACUUAAUAAUUUUAAAGUCACAUUAAUGCAAUUUUUAAUUAAAAUGUGCCAAAAUAAAUUUUUCAGAACUUUGCUCAUUUCUCGUUUUCAGCAAAUUACUUAUAAUUAAUGUGUAGAAAUAACGUGUUCCCAAAAAUCAAGAGUGAGAAAAAUUAUUUUAAAUAAUGAAGUUGAAUUUAGGUUUCAUUUAAAAUGUAAAAUUAUAAAAUCAAAAAUGUUCUACAGAAAAAAAAUAGAUUUGGCUAGUAAUUAGUACAAUGUUUGUCGGUGACGUCCCUAAAUUACUUUCCUUAAGGUUUCAUUAUUAUUAAUUGUGCAUAGCUCACGUAUAAAGUAAAUAAUGUUUAAAAGAAAAUUAUUUUCUUUUGUUUUAAAGUAAUUCCUAAUUAAAAAAAAUAUGUAAACAACAAAUUAUGAUGUAUGUGGUUUUUUCUCGAAAAAUAUUUUUUUGGUUCAUAAAAAUGAUUUAAAUUUUUUGUUUCCGUGAACAUUAUUCAUCAGUUAUUUAUCACUAUUUAGAACAAUUUUUUUAUUUUUCUAAAUUUUAAGUUUAAAUUGCAUAUAUAUUGUUACAUUUAAAAGAAUGCAAAUUUCAUACAUAAUACACAUAUAUUCAUAGAAAUUAAGUUAGAUCAAGUAACUCAAAUUCGGAUAAAUAUAUUGGCAAAGUUCAGAAAUACAUAAAUAGACAGGGAGAAUCAUUUGUUUUUGUAUUUUAUGAGCACGAAAACAAAUGCAUAUUGUUUAUAACAUCAACUAAAAAAUUCAACCUAUAUUUUAGUUAAGAUAUACUGUAAUAUUCAAAUUCAACAGUAAUUAAAGUUAAAAAAAUUACAUUCUGAGGAUAAAGAGCGAGGAAUAUAUUGAAACUAUUAUGUAAAUAUAUUGGUUUUACAAUGAUGUUUAUGUUUUUUUUGUUUGUGGAUACUUUUUUUACCAACAAUUUUUUUCCGAUUUUCAAGUAUAGCACUUUUUCAGUACUUUAAGAAAGUCAUGUUUUUUUUCUCAGGGGUUUUAAUAAUAAAUGGGAAAAACGAGAUAAUUUACGAAAUUUAUUAUUUUCAAAUCAUAAUUAUUACAGCCUUUUAAAACAUGAUUAAUCAAAUUCCGCUCAGAAUCAUUUUUUGUUUGGCAUAAGUACGUUGAAUCAUCGUUGCGUACAGAUAAACAUUUAAUUUUCUCUCUACCUUCCGAACUUCUCUCCUACAACAGAGGCCACCCCAUUAAUUAUGUCCGAUUUUUGUUUUUUUUUAUCUGCAAACAAAUUUUCUACCAAAAUCUAACAUCAAUCAAAAAAAACAAGAAGCCUUUUCAAUUUUAGAUUUAGUUGGUGAGUAAGAAAGCAAUGUUUUGAUUUGUUUGAUUUUUAUUAAAAUUUAUUCAAAUUAAACUUAUUGUCUUUCAGCCGCAGAGCUCGCGGAUAUUUCAAAUAGGUAGUCAGAUUUUUAAGAUGAAAAACAUUAUUAUUAUGGAAAUAAAAACAGAAAAUUAACUAUUUACAAUAUUUAAAAACACAUUUCUCCGCAUAUUUCAGCUAACCACCGGUACCCCGCAAGAAGUUUUAAUAAUUCGUACCCAACUUUCCUUGUAUCUACUUCACCAUUUUACAUUUCUAAUUCGUUCUUUAUUAACUCUAGGCACGUUUAUUCUUUACGCCAUACCUCUCAUCAAUUUGUUGUUCGAUAAACUUCACACAUGUUAUAUUUUAUUAAUUCUAUUUACAGGCUGUCUCAUGAAGAUAUACCCCUUGAAUAUCUCCGGAGAUAAUAAAGAUAAUCACAUUCUAUUAUUUUUUCUUUUUAUAUUUCUCACUGGUAUGAGAACAAAAAAUAUGUUUAUUUGAAUUACAUUUUUUUUUUUAUUAAAAAAAAAAUAACUAUUUUAUUAUUUUCAAAAUCUACAAUUAAAACGUACCUACUCGCGUACACUAUUAUUGUAUACCUGUCUUAUUAUUAUUGUACGCUCUUAUAAUAUUUCCACACGAUAAUAUAUUCUUAAUCCUAUAAAAUUGUUGUUGUUUGAGUUCGCAUUUGUCGUUUAAGUUUAGCCGACAAAUCAAAACAAAAUCGUUUCCUAUGUUAAUUCUGUUUAGGUUAUACGUUAAACCUAAAUUUGACUCAUUGGUUUACUAUACUUAACACUAUCUAACUGUUGUUUAUUAUCGCGAAUAGGUACGCAUGCAUAAUAUGCAAUAACAUUAUAAUGGAUUUAUUCGAAAUGUGCCAACGAAAGAAUAGUAUUAAUUUUAGCGUUAAAUGUCGAAAUAUUUAAUUACGUCCACGUGGCGCAGUACAUAAUGUAUACCUAUAAUACUUCCUAACAGCAAGUUCAACUUUAUCCAUUAUUCAUUUUUGCAUAUAGCAAAUCCUUGUCAUUAAACUUUCGUUGCAACUCGCGCUACCUAUAAUGCUACUGAGAAUAUAAUAAAUUAUUUUGUAUCCACGAUAGUGUUUCUCUGCAACAGGCCUUAACCAAUAUCUAACAUCUUAUGUAGUUUCUAUAGACCUCUCUUAAAAAUUGUUUUUUAUUUAUAUACAUAUGUAUUAUUUUGUUAUAAUUUAUUUAUUGGAGCCACACAAAGAUAUAUAUUUUACAGAAUUGAUAUUACGAUUUUACAAUAAGACAGACUAGACUUCCGGGAGUUGCGUACAAAAACAAUUUUCCUUCGUUCUCAAUCAAAUUUUAAAGUCUAUAAUUAUAUUUGUAUAAUUGUUUUCUAAUUGUUUUUUAUAAAUGAUAAUAUGUUAUAGUAUAUUAUACAUUAUAUUAUAAUUUAUAAUUAUAUAAUUUUAUGUUAUAACAAAUGUUUUUUAUAGAUAGUUACAUAGUUUAAUUUUAAGUAAACUUUAUUAAACAAAACAUUACAAUGUACAAUAAAAAUAUAGUAUACGUAUUACCAAUAUACAAUGUUUCCUUUUAAAGGUAACACGAAAUAUUUCUGUUCAGUGACUUCUAAAUAAAAUGGAGUUUUUAGGAGCUAGGGAAUACUAAAAUAUUUUUUUGACAAUUUUCAAAUUGUCUUUUUUUUGUGCGCAUGUGCAAUACAAAUUACAUUUUUAUAAAUAUCAACAUGUAUUUUAAACACCAGAUUUAGAUAGAAGAAUUUUUUUUUAAGUCAUUUUGACAUUUUAACCAUAUCUAUAACCAAAAUUUACUGAAUGACAACGAGUAAAACUAAUUGAUUAAUUUAUUAAAAAAAACUUUAAAAAAUUUAACGAAAUUGAGUAAUAUAUUGACUACAGUCAUGUAUGGAUAAUGAUAGACUUAAUUUAUAAGAUAAGAAUUGGUUUAAAAAUAAUUAAAUAAUUAUACAACAUAAAUAAUAGAAAUUACAGAAACUGUGGCAAUUUGUUAUAAUCGAACAAGAAAUAGUAUACUAAUUUAAUAUUAUUGCUUAGUACAUUGUUAUUUAAUGAUUAUAUUUUAUUCAUUGACGUCUUUCGAUUUGUUUACUGACUAUUAGACGCAAGAGAAUAUUUGAUUAAUUCAAACAUAUAAAAACUAAUUUAGGUAAAUUUAAAUUUAAAUAAAAUUAAAAUUAGAAUUUGUAGGCAUUGAAAUUUGCGAAAAAACUUGCUACUAAAUGGUAAAAAUACUUAUUUCGUGGGGGUCCCGCAUGAAUUUAAUUUUGUAAGAGCCUAACUUUGAGCCGGAGGUCUAUGGACCCCACCCUAAAUCCGGCCCAAACCACAACUUUUACCGAUUAAUUCAAUAAAAGUCAUAGUGCCAGUAUUUGAUAAUAAAAAUGAUAAUUUAACUUUUAUGCAAUUAUUUAAUCAAUAUUUGUUUUAUUUACGUAGACUACAAGAGUGAUACGAUUAUAUGAUGUAAAGUUAUAAAUUAUAAUUAUAAUUACAACAACUACGAUUGCUAUACAAAUUUAUCUUUUCGUUCUACAUUACAAUAAUAUAUAGUUAAAUUUUUUAAAAAAUGCCGACGAAUGGGGUCUUGGAGUGCUACUUAAUUUAUAGCACCCUGAGUCCGCUCCUGCUUAUUAUUAUUUUACAAAUUUAUCGGCGUAUGUCAUCCCAGUUGACACAACUACACAAUACACAAGUUAAAAUGUGUCGAACACAUUAUUAUAAAAUCAAUACAUUCAUCGCUUCACUCACUAUCUAAAAUCUAUUUAUUUUUUUUAGUGAUAUAUUUUAAUUUUUAAUACGUCAUACACACAAUUAUUGUGUUUUCAUGAAAACAGUUGUCUACUGUACAGGAUAACACGUAGUACGACAAAAAACCGAAGAGCCGAAAUACGUUCGUACUUUUUAGAUUCUGAGAAAUGUAUUGGUUUUACAAUGAUGUUUAUUUUUUUUUCUAUGAACAAUUUUUCUACCGGACAUUUUUCUCUGAUUUUCAAAUAGGUCAAAUAGCAUUAUUUCUGAAAGGAAAUUUAACUGGGUUGCUAUAUCAUUUGUUGGUUUUCCCAGGAGUUUUCCCAAUAAAUGAGAGAAAACGUAGGAAAAACGGAAAAAUUUACGAAAUAUAUUAUGUUUUUAAUUUUUUGUUUUUUGUUUUAUAUUAAUUCAGUUAAAAAUAUUUGUUGAGAUUUGAUAUUUGAACGAACAACUUAUAUUUUACUUUUUUAGACGUGGUAAAAUUUUCAAAACAUAGCCAUUUUUGAACUAUUUAUAGACAUUUUAAUUUUACGGUGGUUUUUUUAUGUAAUUUUUGUUCGCCAGGUACUCUAUGGAUAAAAUUGUUUGACCGAACAUAAAUACUAAUUUAACAGGAAGUCCAUUAAUAUAGGUCACACAUUGUGGAAAAAAAAUUGACUGUAAUAUAGAAUUUUUAUUCAUUGGAAUUUUCAUAUCAAAAUUUAAUGAAAAUCAUUUUAAAAAAUGCAUAUAUGGUUUGUAUAUGACUGUUAUAAAACCAUCAAAACCAUAUAUAAUGCAUAUUAUGUAAUUAUUUCACCAUAAAGUUGUAUAUAUUGUUGACAAAGCAACACUUAACCAAACCCCGCUCAGAAUCGUUUUUCGUUAGCAAUGGCUAAUCGUUGAGUACAGAUAAACAUAUUUUCCCUCUACCAUCUAAAUUUCUAACCUACAACAGUUGUCUACCCAUCGUGCGAAGUAUGUCAUUCUUUUUUAAUUAAAAAUCGAAAAGUAGCUAUACCUACCUAUAAUCGAUCCAAAACGAAAUUUAUUUUUGAAUUGGUUUAAGUACUUACCUAAAUCCUAUCCCAUCACAAAGAACUGUUUAUUUUUUGUUUUUCACUUUGAUCUUUACAAUGGUCGUAUUCACGUUAUUACAACAGCAGAGUUGUAAACCUGCAAUGUACAUUAUAGUAAACCAAUCAAAAAUAUAAAGCGUCUACAUUUUCGCAAAACUGUCCCGGCACCGACAUUUCGGCAAUAAUUCGUUUCAGUGCGCUUUAACAAUAACGUGUGAAUUUUCUUUUUUUUACUAUUCUUUAGUACUAUAUACCGGUAAAGUUAUAAUCAGCACAUUGACGACAAAGAUAAAAAUCAACCUAUAUAGUUUCUAUUAAAUGUAUAAUAUAUUUGAUUCACGCGCAAUAGUAAUUUUAUAAAAAGUAUUCACUAUUCUCUACAAUUUUUUAUUUAUCCUCAAAACUUUUUAAAAUAAAUAACUUUUCAAUAAAAAAAUGUACAUAUCAAUUAGUUUUAAGUCAAAAUAAACUCUUGAUAAGGCAUUUUUACCUAAUUAAAUAUUGAUAUUAAAAAGCCAUAGGCUAAAAAUUCCACAGAUGCAAAAUACUGCAGAAUACUGCAGAAUGCAUCAAACUUUUAACUUUUUUUUUUAUACUAUAUUUGUGUAGACAAAUAAUUUAAUAUACUGUAUUUCUAUUAAUUUUAUAAUUUAUUAUUAUUCGUUACAAAAAAAAAUUACAACAAUAAGUUAUUAACACUGAUAUCUGCACUUGGCUAUUUGAAAUUUUAAAUUUAUAAUGAUCUACUUUUAAAUGAUAUAUGUUAUGGUUAUGCCUGAAAAGUAUCACAAUGUAUUAUUUUGUUUUUGCCUCAUUGACCUUCCUUCAACAAGAUGCUCGUCAUAUUAUUUAGAUCAUCUGACUAUUAAGGCUAUAUAUUGUCUGUAUAAGCUAUACUACUGUUAAAUCUCAGUGGUUUUCUAUUUGUAUGCUAUUUACAGCAUACAUAUAAAGUGUCAUAAUCCGUUAAAUAAUUACCCGAAUUAUUAAAAAACAAAAAUGUUUCUUCUUUUUUUUUAAAUUCAGUAGGUUUAUCCAGGUUUUUAUUUACUAUAAUUAUCUACCUAAACAAAAGGUUGUAUAUUCUGAUAAUAUAUUAUUUAUGUCAAUAAAGUGAAAUAUUCGAAAGUUCUAGAUUUGCCCCACCCCCCAAAAAAAACAUUUCAAACGAGUGUAUACAAUACAAAUGCGUGUGUUGAGCUUUCUUGGAAUACGAUUGCGUAUCUAGGUUUGUCAGUGAACAAAGAACUACCUACACUAAAGUAACAAGAAAAAUCAAACGAUUGUCGCAUACAAUAUUUCAUGUAAAAUUAUCAAUUUAAAAUCGAAAGUGAAAAAUGAUGAAAAAAGUUGUAAAUAGGUUUUUUGUACAAUAUAUUUUAGGGUGGACCAAAACAAUUUUUUUUUCACGGACGUAUCUUUAUAAUUUAUUAAUACAAGUGUACAAUACAAUCGAAUCUUAUUUCACGAAAAAAAAAUUCACAAGCAACAAUUUUCGGUGAAAAAUGCAAUUUGUAUGUAUUAUAUUUAUUUUACGGUAUAAAUUAUCUUUGAAAAAAAAAAUGACAUUAAGCUGAAUUAUUAGCAUAUAAUAUGGAACCAGUUCCAAUGAGGUUCUAUAGUCAAUAGGAAAAACCAAUAUUAACAAAGUAAUCAGCCACGAAACGUGAAAAUUCACAAAAUAUUGAUCAACCUAAAAAAAUUACUCUUGAAAAAAAUUGUUAAUAUUCAAUAUUUUGCGUUUCAUGGCAAAUAAUACUUUGUCAAUAUUGAUUUUCUUCUUAUCGAAUUAUUUAUAUAUAUAUAUAACAUGUGCCUUAUGUUUUUAUACCUUUGAAUGGUGUAGACUGUAGGGCUAUUAACACCAGAUUAAUUUAAAUUUUUAAACAGAAGAAUGAACAUAGGUAUGAUAUAUAGAACAUCAUAAAAUAAGAAAUUGAUUCAAAACAAUAAUUUAAUCAUUUGAACUAUAUACCGGAACCAAAAUCACGGUUCCAAACACGAUUUACAUGCAAUGCUGUAAUAAGAUUCUUUAAAUUAGUAUCUAGACACAUAUACAGAUACAUUUAUUUAGAAAGUAUCUAUAUAUACAGAUACAAAAUACAAAAAAAGUAUCUAGAUACUCUAUUUUAGAUACAUGUAUCUAGAUAUGUUACAGCACAGAUCACAUGUUAGCUGUCCUGUAUUUAAAUUCAUGAGUAUCCGUUGGAAAGGGAAGGGGGCAUGUCCACUCCACGCUUUGCCAUAUAUGACAAGGUUACAACCUAAAAAAUACCAAUAUCAUUGGAAAAUGAUAAACCUUCUGGAAUUUUGAGUAUUCCAUUAGUUACGCUAAUUUGUUGGUCAACUAAAAAAGGUACUUAAAUAACUUAUAAAAAGUCUUCUUCUUCUCCUGGUUUUCAUCCCAUCUAUUUGGGAUCGGCUAUUCCCGCCCUAAACUUCAACUUGACCCAAUUUCUCAUAUCGUUUUAGUAUAUACCCGCCAUCCUAAUAUCAUUUUCAAUAGCAUCCAACCAUCUCCUUUUUAUUCUUUCUUUCCUCUUCUUUUCUCUAACGUCAAUUUUCAAUACAAUUCCUACUGCAGUUUCUGAUCUUAUCUACUACUUUUUAUGUACUCAUUCAUUAUUCUAUUUUAUCUCAACACUCCACACAUUUACUUAAGCAUUUUUAUCGCUGCUAAAUAGCUUAUAAAAAAUAAAAACAAAAAUACUUUUAUAAAGCCCAUAGUACCUACCACGAUUACACAUUAUUAUAAUUAUUAACAAAAAGAAUACAACUGUAGUCAUUUUAUUUUUCGUCGCAUAUAUUAUACUAUGCAUUUAAUACAAAUUUGUAGACAUAAUAAUAACAAUAAAUAUUUUCUAUUCCACAAUAAUUUCAACCAUAUUAAACUUUUCGUGUUAACUAUUUGCAAUUAACAUGGGAAAAAAUCGUUUCCAAAUAUUUUAUAUAAAUUCAUUUUUUAUACAUUCGCUUGUUUUCGAUUUUUAUAAAAUAUAAUAAAUGUGUUAUUCGAGUGAAAAACAAAUUUAAUUAAUAACCUAACCUUAAUAAUGAACAACAUUUUGCGUUGCUUAUUAAUAAUGUGUUAUUUGUAGCUUUAUGGUGAUGAGCGCAUUAUAAUAUAACAUUAUGUCAAUAUGUAAAACAUUGAAUGUGUAAAAAAAAAUAAAUAAUUUAUACUUUAACCAUAUUUUGUUCCGUUUGAACAAUUUUAUUUCCAUGGUAAAAAUAACCACGUAGUAUGAUAAUUAUUUUUGAUAUUAAAGGUUGUUACAUGGUAUUAUUCAUAUAAAAUCAAUCGUGAUUACGUUUUAUUUUAGUUUUGAUUCUACUUAUUCCAUUUUAUUAUUAAUUCAACCAUAUACAUAUUAUAUGUGCUGAAAGCUUUUUGCCUGACUACUACAAAACAAAUAACUACAAACAAAAAACAACUCGCAAACAGUUUGCCCGCAAUGAAUCGAUGACAACAAGUAAUACAUAUUUAAAUUCAAUACGUCUGGAAUUUCACACGUUAUUAUUUUCAAAGUACCUAUUUUAUUAUAUACUUUUUUUUUUGUUUGUUACUAUUGCGUGAUUAUAGAAUUUUGAUAUUUUAAGUCUUACAUUUUUACCACAACACAUUGUAUUUGGUAUAUUUAUAAUUUCAAAUAUUAUAUCCACAACAUAAUAAAUAAUAGUAUAUGAUUUUGAUUUGAUGUGCAGGAAUAGAUUUGCAAAGAUAAAAAUAGGGGGCUAAGUCCCCCUAAAACUCAGACAAACCUUUCUAAAUCAAGUUUUUAUUAAGUAAAUAGUAUGUAGCGUUAUGGGUACGAACAAUUUCACUUGAAAGUUUCACGUUUGAAAUAUUUCAAACGUGAUAUUUCACACUGUUUAAAAUAUUGAAAAAAAUAUGUUCUCGAACUAAAUAUUUGUUUACUAGUUUGGUAUUGUAUUAUGGUUUAUACAAUAAUAUUGUAGUAUCUAUUGAAUUAAUUUUUAACUACACAAUAAUAAUUUAAUUUUUUUUUUUUUUAAAUUGACCUUAUGUCUUAUUAAACAAAUAUCUGUUAAGUCAAAAAUUCAAAUUGAUUGAAUUAUUUGCUUAGAAUGUUGUUGAUUGUAGAUGUGGAGUAAGAUGCCUAUCAUAAUAAACAUUAAAGUUUUAAAUAUAAAAAUAAAUGCUAUUAAUUUUUUUGAUUAAAAUUAAAUUUUAAUUCCACUUUUUUUUCCGUAAUUGAAGUUUUAUUAAGCAUCACGUAUCACAAGGGUUACAAUUUUGAAAAUAGACUAAAAAUGUGUAUUUCGGUAUCCUGCACAAUCGUUAAAAAAAAAAAAAACUCACAUUUCAAUCUAAGGCCAUCUGGCUGAAAUAUCUCGUGUUACCAUUUGAAUAAAAUACCCUCUAAUAUAGAUAAAUAAUUAUAUACUAUUUUUAAAAUAGGAACUGUGGAGUAAACAAAAAUUAGCUUUAACAUAAAGAAAAUGUGUACGAUAAAAAUGACAUUAAUUGAUCAUUACCAAAAGAAUAAGAAUAAGACGUUAUUUUAUACUUUUUUCGUGCAAGAUUAUAUAAUCUAUUAUACAUCUAUUAUAAGAUUAAUAUUAUUAAUAAUAAAAUAAUUUCUAGUGAAUUUUCAGUGAAUUUUCGUCAAAUCUUCAACUUAUAUACAUAGUGUGAUAUAAUAAUAAUAUAUACGCGUAUUUAUGUGAUCUACUUGUACACUGGAAUAAUCACGUUUUGUACUUUUUAAUAUUUAAAUGCACUCAAUCAUAUUAGAUAAUAUUGUUCUAAAAACUUUCGUCGGUAUACCAAAUAUAAUACCAAUAGGGACACCGAUAUUAAAAUUUACAUAAUAAAUUAAUUAUUAAUACAAUAUUGCAAAGAUACAUUAUAUAGUUCUUUAUUUAGUAGUUUUGAUAAACUUUUACUACUCGAAUGUUCUUUCCGCAAUGAAUUUUAACUAUAUACCUGCUAAUAAAUACCUGUCAAUAAUGUUUAAAUACUUUCAGAUAAGUACGAGCGUUAAGUGCUUUGUAUAGGAUAUAGGUUCCUGUAGUUGUGAAAACUCGUAAUAUUUAAGACAAACACUCUCGUAUAUUAUAACCGCUAUUAAAAUGCAAAAAUUAAUAAAUUUAGUUACUCCGUGAUACGAAAUAUAUUAAAUUGCUUAAAGAGCGUCAAUCCGUAUUAAUUAUUAUUAAAUAAUCGCGAUAACAUUUUGACGUUAUUAUCUUCCAUGUGCGUGCGCGACGGUUAAGUUAUAGACAAUUUUCAAAUUAUCAAUCAUAAUCUUCUAUAACGCCGUAUAAAUGAUGAUGAUAAACUUCCAAUAUGAAAUAUAAUAGUUUUAAAACUGCAGAAAUAUAUUUAAUAAACGCCAUAAUACAGUUAUACGUAUGGUGUACAAUGUACACUGCACAUACGUAGUAUUGUAUUUCCUACUUAACUCACAUUUAUGUGCUAAAAUAUUAUUGAUAAACUAUCUCGUUUGAAUACUAUAUUAUAGUGUAGUAAUUAUAAUAGAUAGGUAGGUAGGUAUUAAAAUUCCAUUCUGAUUCCCGAUUUUAAUUAAUUAUUAUUCUUAAUACAAAUUUCUUAUUAUUCUUUGUUGCUAUCGAUAUACCUGUAUACUCUGUAAUAGUAAAUGACUUCCUUAAACAGGUCUCUAUGCAGUUUUUAACUCCCAAACUUUUUGAACUUUCUUCCAUCCCUUCAAUUCAUCUUUUCCUGAGCUUUCCUCAAAAUAUUUUCCUUGGGAUUUACAUUGCAUUGCUACCAGAGCCUAGAGACAUGUUCAGAAUCAAAUUUCUGAACAGGCCCGGUUAUAAGAAUAAUUUGUAUAGUAUACACAUUUUUUAUAAGUGAAUUUUUAAAUCUCUUUUUUAAAUGAACUUUGUAGUCAAUCACAAUAUAUAUCAAUAAUAAUAAUUGUUUAUUUUAUUUAUUUAUUAAAUUGGAUUUUUUUUAUUUUUUAUUUUGGUGAACUCGUUAAUAAUCUUUGAAGGAUCUUGUAAUCGCUAAUACUCGAAUUGGGAAAAAUUAAGCGGAGGAGCUCAAUCCAACAAUUCAAAAACUGCGAUCCAAGUGCACAAUUACUUAACACAAACCCGUGGAGGGCUUCGCCAUCCUCCACAUCCCACCUUACCAGAAUUUUGAAUACCACUUAUCAACUACAAAUAUUAAAAUUCCAAAUAUAUUUUGAUAGCAAUACCUAUACAUCCUAUAUGUUCCAGUAAAAAAUAAAAAUUAUAUUAAUAUUUUACCUUUUUUUUUAUUAUCGCUUUUCUGCGGAUAAUGUAUACAGUAUUCAGCAUUAUCUAAAUAAAUUAUCUAGAUAAAUAAUUAAUUAUCAUUUAUCUUAUCUAGAUAAUAAACGAAAUUAGUUCUCUGAUGAAUAAUUGAGUUAUCUAACUCAAUUCAUCUAGAUAAAUAAAUAUUUAUAUGUAUCCGAGAAUCCCGAAAAAUUGAACUUGAAAGUUAAAACCCAUGUCUGAUUAAUAAACUGACCUUGUACAAAUAGAGAACAAAAUUAAAAACAUAAAGUAAUAGGUAAUAAUACUAUCCAGGUUGCUUAUUUGUGUUAUUUCUAAAUUCUAAUGGAAAUUAUAGAUUUUAGAAUAUAAUAUAAAUUGGUAAAAAAAUUGUAGUUAAUUAAAAAAAUUAAAACUUUAUAAUUAACUUUAAAUAAAUAUAACUUUAAAAAUGUUGUCUUUUUUUUAUCCAGAUAAAUAGUAUCUUAGUAUUUUAUUUCUAUCUAGAUAAAUUGUUUUUAAUUAUCUUUUAUCUUUAUAUAGAUACAUUUUUAGUUAUCUUCGCGCAACUCUAAAUGUAUGUAACCACCAUAAAUUAAUUAUUUUAUGGUAACCACAUGGUCAAAAGUUGAGUUAAAUUAAUUCAACUAUGCAGUAUCGUUUGGUUAUUGUGGUUUCAUGUGAUAAAAUAUCGAUAUACCAUGUGGUAAAAAAAUAUCGGAGCAUAGAAAAAUGAUAAUAUCAAACUAAUAUCAAAAAUAACUUUGAAAUUAAAAAUAGUAAAAUUCGUUUUUUAAUUGACAACAAUUGAAAUUCAAAUUUUAAUAAAAAUUAUUUCGGACAUGAGUUUUUGGCGUCCCACCGUUCCAGUAAAAAAAUAUAGUUGAAGUACGCAAAAAAAUAAAAAAAAAAUAGUAGAGAAGCUCCGUCCCCUUGCGCAGUCCCCCCCCUAAUUUGAACACUGGUAAUCACUAUCCUCUUCAAAUUGAACUUACUUUCAGUUGAUAUCAACGCUAAAUUUUGAAGACGCAUAGUAGUUAUUGGUGUCCGUAAAUAUUUGUAGGUCUUAAUUAUUCUUAUCGUCAAUAAACUGUUUUCGGCUGAUGUUGAACAUAUUGGUAUAAUCAACAAGUGUUUUAAAACCAAUUUAAUUUUCUAAUAUGAUUUUUCCAUAUCGCACAUAUUUCUUUGGAAAAUCAAACAUAUGUUUACUGUUAUUGAUGCUAUUAUACAUAUUUCAAUCGGUUUUGACUCUACUUUAUUUAAGACAAUUUAUCAUUUUCGUAUUAACCUAAACAUUUUAAAACAAAAUUAUCUUUUAAAAAAUUGUUUGAUGUUAAAUUGAAUGCUGAUAUUACGGUUAAAAAAUCAAAAUUGUUGUUAAAUCUUUUAAACCUUUUGUGAAUUUCAUUCGGUACUUGUACUUGUACAUGUACCUACCAAUAUUAAUUAUGUAUCAAUUAUCACUGUAAAAUAUGAAACUCGCACUUUUUGAAUCGUAUCCGGUUAUUACUUUUGAAAUCUGUCAUUGAAGUAAUAAAAUAUUUAGUUAAUACAUAUUAAUAGCUACUAUUAAUGUUCUUAUUUCGUUUUUUAUCAUUUGAUAUUUAAUUUUAAAGCCGUAAUUCCGGAUUUUGUAUAAAAGUUAUUAAAACGUUUAUUCGAAAGUAAACAAAGUAGCUCUGUUAUAGUAGAUUCUACUUCAUUUACUUAAUUUAAACAUUUUUAUAAAUAAAGGGUAGAAGAUUGCAAGUGUAUUGAAAGUGUGUUGACAGUUGAUAAAAUAUUAUCAAGAAAUGCUAGAACAAAUAUUAUGUUAAAAGAACAAAAUUGGUUUAAUAGCUUUUACUUCUGCGGCUUUUUUAUUUUGUGAACUUUUUGAACAUAUUGAUAAAACUUUUACAACAUAUUUAGUUCAGUAUAAAAAAAAAUUAAUACCUUUAAAUGUUUUCCUAGAAACGCUUACAGAUAGAUGUUCACGGCACAAAAUAUUAUAGAAACACGUCUAAACGGGUACCUACACAGUUCACUGAUAUACUUCCAUUUCACAAACAGUGUUUGGUGUGUUUUAAAAAAAAUAAUAAACACAAAAAUGAUUGUUUUUAAUUUUUAAAUAUUUAUUUUGAAAAGCAUAUUUCGGGUAUAUUUAAUGGUUCAAAGUCAGACCUACAAAGUCUAAUACCCGCUUGUACACGCCUCUAAACGUCUCGCCUAUGUCACUUAUAUUUUGUCACUUAACAAAGCUUGUCACUAACCGGUAAUAGUUUUCCACAUCAUUUCUUAAAUAAAGCUCUUUGUUGAACCUCCUUCACUAACAAAUUAUGCGUACACAAUGAUGACAUUAUAAUAUGCACCGCCAUAAUAUCCCAAAAUACUAUUUUUGAAUAAUCAAAUUAUAACGUAUUUGUACACUAUCGUGGAAUUGAAAUAUUAAUAAAAUAUAACCAAAAUGUAUUAAGUUGUGAAACCGUUAUUAUAAAGCCCAUAGAAGGUAGAUAUACGUAUAUAAUAAUGUAUGUAGAAACGGAAACAAAAUUAAACAAAGUUACGUUUUCCGGUGAUUUCGUUAAAAUGCGUUCAAAUGAAUAUUCUGUGUUAUAUAAUUUUAAUACAUAAUUGAGUUAUUAUACAUACAUCAAACACAUAAUGUAAAAUUUUCGCAGUACCCAUACGGUUAUACCUACCUAAUGUAACAUAAGAAUAUAUUAUAUUUUAUACAUGACGCUAACAAUAUUAAAUGUUCCUGCCUAUAUGCGAGAGCCCACUCAUAUUUUAUCAUAAAAUAAUCUAUAUAUUACUUACAUAUAGAUUAUCCGUCAAGUCGAUUAGGUAGGAAUUUAUUAUUUUUUUUAUUUUUAGUGCUAGGUACUUAUAUAACGUAAAAAUAUAAUGAUUAGAUAAGUACUUGUUAUUAAAAUUUAAAUGAUAAAAUAAAAAAAAAAAAUUUUAUAUAAAUAAAUACUUAUAGGAUUUUGUAUAAUAUAUUAUCGUACAAGAAUAUACUGCAAUUUAUUUACUGAACCAAAAAUACGUUCACAAUAAUCUGUGCAAUAUUACUGCGGUUUGUGUACUUAUACUCAAAUGAUAAUGUAAUGAUGUUGUAUAGAUACGAUACAUAUUACCUUAAAUAGGUUGACGUGCAAUAAUUAAUAAUUAAUUAUAGAAUACGAAUGAGGAGCACAGGAUUAUCAUUUGGGACAACCCUAUUUAAAUAAAAUAUGCAUUUAACAAGAUACUUAUAAUGAUUAUAGUAUCAUAUAUUUUUACUAUGUUCUAUAAACUUAAAUGUAAAACGAUUAUCAUAUAAAUAGAUUAAAAAUCAUAUUUAGGUAUUAGAUACCUACUUAUUCUUAAAAUGACCUAGCAAAAUCUAGAAAAUUAUUAGAAAUUUGUUGACACAAUUUUCGAGCCAAUUGUACAAUGUGUCAGUGCUGAGCCAUUUUAUUGUAAAAAUGUGAAGUCUCUACAAACAUUUUUAACUGAAUCGUAUUAAUAAAAUAUUACAUUUUCCAGUACUUUCUACUUAUUUUUUCGUUUUUUUAAUUAAAAUAAAUGUACAACAAUAAUAAAAAAAAUACGAGAAAUAAAAAUGCAAAAAGCGGACAUGCUACGGAAUUCGUUACCGGGUAUCGAACCUGAGACCCUUUAUAACCCACCUGUCUAACUGCUUAACGCCCUAACCACUAGAAUACCUAAAUAUUGAAACAAAAACGUUUCAUGGGUACAUAAUUUUUCAAUUAAAUUUUAAAAUAUUAUACAUAUAUAUAGCGACACCACAAAAUUGGCAAUUUGUUUUGGAAACUGAGACUAAACUUUAAACUGAACUUACUCUAAAUAGUAAAUAGCCGACUAUCAUUUCCUACCUAUUGCCUAUUUAUUUUUAUUUUGUCAAUGUUUAUUUAAUUAAAACGAGUUGUAUUAGUAGGUACCUAUAAUACCUACCUAUACAUAUUAUCUAAAUAAAAUAAUUUUCUAAUUUAUAAAAUUUACUACUAACCAAUUUAAGAUUUUGAAAUACUAUAGGUACUUAAGUAGGUACCUAAUACGUAUAAAUAAUGAAUGAUAUGUCAACAACUCUCCUACGAUACACAAUAUCUAUAUAUACUUAUUAUAAGUGUAAGUAAGUAAGUAGUGAAAUUACCAUUUGAUCGUUACUUAUUACUUUUAAAUUUGUUUAGUGGUGCGUAAUUAGGUAAAUAAAUAAAUAAUGAUAAUAAAUAAGACAGUUUUGUUAAAUGAAAAAAAAAAUUUUAAAUAACAGUUGAAUUAUAUUUUUAUACUUAAGUAUAAUCAAUAACCAUGACUUAUAAUAACUGCUUUACAAACAGAUAGCUGUAAUAAAAACAAUUUGCACUGAAUACCAUUCAGAAAAACAACAAUUUUAUGAUAAAAUAAUAAAGUAAAAACAAAAUUGUUAAUACUCGUAAAUAAAUAUAUAAAUAAAAAAUUUAUAUAUAAAAAUAAAAAAAAACAAAUGAAUGCGUCGUCAGGAGUAUGAUAAGUGUAUUAUACGAUCGGUUUCGAUUAAUAAUUCAUCAUCAGUUAUAUCACAGUCAAAAUGUAAAACUUGAUGUAAUAUACCUAAUGAUGAAUUUUUAAUUCAAAACCGAUCGUAUACUACACUUAUCAUACUCCUGACGACGCAUUUAUUUAUUUUUAUUUUUAUAUUUACAUUUUUUAUUUAUAUUUACUAUAUUUAAACAGUAUUAUAUAUGAUUGAUCAGUUGUUACAGAAUCAAAAUCAACAACAAAAGAACUAAUAUCUCUUGAUGAUAAGUUAUAAUUAAAAAAAUUUAAAACUUCAGAAACAUUCAACAAUUUUUGGACAUAAAAUUUUAUUUCGCUAUCACCUAAUUUUAUUAUAUUUUUUAUUAUAACUAAAUCACCACCUUUUAACAUGACACAUUUAUUGUUAACAGAAUUAAUUUUAAUAAACAGUUUUUAUAUAAAAUCACUUAUUCAUAAGUUUUUCACUAACAUCCUAAGAAAUGUUUAGAUUUUUUUUUUUUUGAAAUAAUGGAUAUUUUAUUUGACUUGCAAUAGUAAAACUAUUUAUUUUGUUAUAUUUUUCAAUAGUUGUGUUACUAACCUCUUGUAAAGGAUAUUUGGCACGUUUCAUAAUUUGUUUUAAUUCUUUAAGAUAAUUUUCAAACCUAAAAGCACAAAAUAAAUCGAGUGAGCUAUGUUAACGAACAAAGUAAAGCAAAUGAAUAAGGUUAUAUAGACAUUGUAUGUGAUAAAUUCAGAUUCUUAUAAAAUAGCAUAGCCGUUGAUAUAUUUUUCUAAAAUUAUUAUUAUUAUUUAAAAUACAAGUAUUUGGAUUGACUAAAAGCCUAAUUGCACUAAAUAAAACUAAAAAUGUUGAUACAAUUGUUUCAUUUUUUUCAAAAUUUAAAAUAUUAAUUUAUUGCAAUCACGUUUAUGUGCAGUUUAAAAUUCAACUGAUUCCAUCCGGGUCAUUUUUCGAUUUUUCCAAAAGUUCUCCCUGCAAAUGUGAAAAACCGGGAAAAUUGGUACAAUAUUAAACAAAUAUCAUUAAAGAAAAUAUAUAAUGCCUAUUUAAUUAUUUUACCUUAAUAUGACCUAUAUAUCCUUGACAAAGCAUCACUAUCAAUUAAAUAUCAGAAUCGUUUUUUCGUUAGCAAUGGCUUAUCGUUGCUUACAGAUAUACAUUAAAUUACCUAUAACAGUGGCUGCACCCGUCUCUAUUUCCUAGGACGUCUUUUUUUAAAAUUAGUAAUAAGUCAAAUAUCGACAACCACAGGCCGAUUUCAAUUUUAUCUGCAAUCUUUAAGUUUUUUAAAAAAAAUGCUAUUACCAAAAGUUAACUCCUGCUUCAAAAAUAUAUUUAUAAACGAACAACAUGGGUUUAGAUCCGGCCGUUCUACUGUAACACAUCUAGUUUCCUUACACCAUUUUUUGAUGGAAUCAAUUAAAUCAGGUGCACAAGUUGAUGUCGUUUACACUGACCUUAAAAAAUCUUUCGAUAGCGUUAAUCAUGACUCCCUAGUAAAUUAGCUAAAACUUUUUGAUGUAUCUGAUCCUUUGUUAUCUAGAGGCGGAACUAGGAUUUUUUUUACGCCGGGGAAAAAUGUUAAAAUUACGCCCAAUUAUAUAACAUGUAAAUGACAAAUGGCAAAAUAAUGUAUUUAUAAUAUGGUAAUUAAUUUUGUACUAUUUUUGUCCUCAUCGCGUAUAAUCGCCGUGCGUCGACGAUAACGCGGAUAACGUUCAUAUUUAUUAUAUACAGAAUGAUUCUUUUAUCAUUUUAUCAUGUGAAAAAAAUUUAUUUUCGAAAUAAUGAGUGUACAUCGAUAAAAAAAUCACUCUGUAUGUAUUAUAUUUAUAUUUAUUAUUCAUAUACGUUUAUAGGUUUAUGUUUUAUAUUACAUUAUUUUUAUUAUUAGUCUGUAAUUUUGUAAUCUGUCUCUAUGUAAUAUGUACUAUCGACACACACCGUACACCGAUCGCGCUGUAUUAGAUUAAUUAGAUAAUGACGAUUAAUUAUUUUAGGCUGUGUAUGAUUUUAUUUUUUUGAUUUUUAUUCCUUCGAAUGUGGCCAUCGUCACAUCAUAAACAAAUUAUGUGAAAUAUAAAUAUUUUUCUAAUUUCUAACACCAAACACUAAAUAUAAGCCCACAAAAAAAUUACGCCUACUAAAAUUUUACGCCUGGGGAUUAAUCCCCCGGCUUCCCUCCUCCCCGAGUUCUGCCUAUGCAUGGUUCAACUCAUAUCUCACUUCUCGUAUCCAAUUCGUAAAAAUGCAUAAUUGUUCUUCUUUUCCCUCUACCGUUACCUCGGAUGUCCCACAAGGGGGGGAUCUUUCUCCGUGGCUAUUUACCGUAUUUAUUAAUGAUGUGUAUCAUUACUUUUCAUCUUAUAAAUUUUCACUUUUCGCUGACGACCUGAAGGUAUUUAAUGUUAUAAAUGACACUUCUGACUGUCGAGAUCUCCAAAGAUGUCUAUAUAAUUUUGGUGACCGGUCAAAAUAUCUCCGGCCAUAAUAUCUCCAACAAAAUUUCUCCAAUUAAGAAUAUCUCCAGUUAACAAUAUCUAUAGUAAAAAAUAUCUCCUAUACAAAUAUCUCUAAUUAAAAUAUUGCACAAGAAAUAAUAACGAAUCACCAUAUUAUUACCUAUUAUAUAGUACUGUCUGAAAUAUUUUUUACGAUUACGAAUGAAUACGAAUUAUACCCUACGAGUUUAUCACGAAAAUAUUACGAGAAAUACAUUUUCCUGUAGGCAAUAAUAACAUGAUAAAUCAUGAUAAACGAUUUUAUCGACGUACCAAUUGUAUCGAUAUAUCGACCAUAUCGACUACAAGUCAUCAGUUCCAGUUUCAUUCUUAGUUUGAACAGAUAUAAGAAUCAAGAAUCCCUUUAGAGUUUAUUGUAAGCCAAAAAGGCUAAAGUUAAUUACUUCAUAAGAUUCAUUCGUUUUACAAAAAAAGGUGUAAACAAAUACAUUUGGCGUUGUACUUAGUACAAAAAAUAAAAAUGUACAGCAUGUUAUACAAUAAUUUCUGGUAAACAUUUGGUAACAAGCAAAGGUGACAUGUUUUUAUUUUACGACAGUAAAACUCAAAAGCGUGUAUUAAUAUUUUCAACUUUAAAAAAUUUAAAUAUCUUAAAAGAAUGCUCGAGUUGGUUGGGUGAUGGCACAUUCUGGCUGUACUUAAUAAUUUAAUUUGUGCAAUAAUUUGAUCGCUACAUAAUAUAAUACCUCAUUAUACAUACAAAUCAAAUUAACCUAUACAUUAUAAUAUAUCCUCAUCAUGCCAACUUCUCACCUACAACAGCACAACAAUGGCUUUCCCAUAAUAUGCAGUAUUUGCUCAUUUUUUUUGUAAUAUUGCUAUAUUGAAAAUAAAAUUGGCCAAAUAAUAAUUAACAAUAAUUAAAUUAUUAUGUUAGUCUCAAAUGGAUAAUAAAUAAUGAAUAGAAUCAAAUUGCUCGUAAAUGAUAUUCCUUGUAUGUGUACCCACGAUACUGAUCCGUAUUGUAUUUAUACAAGAGAAACGCAUUUACCGAAACCGUUUUUAAUAUAUCAUCGAAUCGAUAUUGUGUUGUAAGAGUUGAAAGUUUGAAGCCGAUAAAACAAUUACAAUAAAAUUAAAUUUGUUAUACAUUUCCGCGCGAGUAGCUAUAUCGACAUUUUAUAAUGAUUCAAUACUGUAAGUAUAUACAGUGUGUUUCACUAAAAUGAUAACACGAAAUAAUGUUUUAUAAGAUGGGGGGGAGUAUCAAAUUACACAUUUUAAGCUUAUUUUUAGAAAUGUGAAUCACCAAAAUGUACACGACAUACACGUAUUUUACAUUUUUUAAAAUGGAAACACCUAUAUUUAACACCAGAUUCGAAUAGUCCUAUUUUUCAAAGCAACUUUGACUACCUACUACAAUUCUUUUCUAUCUGAAAAAUUCUCUCAGUCGUCUGUAAUUUAUUAAAUAGUAUGGCUUUUGUCGAUUUUGUAAAAAGUUUUAUAGAUUGAAGAAAUUUGAAAUUACUUAAAAAAAACACAAUUAAGAUAUAAACAUACAAUUAAAUAUUCAUAAUAGGUUCUUAAUAAUUUAUACCUAAUUACGUUUUACAUUUUUUAAAAAAUCGGGAAAAAUCAUAAUUUUUAAUCAAUUAUGGUGGCUGUAUCUCAGUGAAUUUUCGAGAAAGAAAAAUGAUAAAUGUUGUUUGAAAAAUCUUAUAGAACUAUUCGAAUUUGGUGUAUCCGUUUACGACAAUUUAAGUUUUAUUGCGCAUAUGCACACUGUAAGGGUUUAAUUUUUAAAAUGACGUCCUAGGAUAAUGGGGACGGGUGCAACCACUGCAGGUAAUUUAAUGUAUACCUGCUAGCAACGAUAAACCAUUGCUUACGAAAAAACGAUUCUAAGCGGAGUUCAGUUCAUAGUGAUACUUUGACAACAAUAUAUAUGCCAUAUUAUAGUAAAAUAAUUAAAUAGGCUUUAUAUAUUUUUUUUAAUAAUAUUUGUUUAAUGAUGUACCGAUUUCCUACGUUUUUCCCGAUUUUCUCAUGUUUUAUCUCGAUUUUUCACAUAUGCGAGAAAACUGUUGAGAAAAUCGAAAAAUGACUUCUUUAAAGUACCUUACCAGUCAUAUUUUUUUUCAGAAAAAGUGCUACACGUAAAAAUCGUAGCAAGUUCUCUGGUAGAAAAGUUGUCCACAAAAAUAAAAAAUAAAUAAAUAAACAUCUUUGUAAAACCAUAAGCUUUUUCGCUCCACUCCGAAUCAAAAAUUAAUGCAAGAUGUUUGAUUUGGUGCUACCUCCAUCUUACUAAUAAUAAUCCAUUUCGAUCUAAAUAAAUCCGGCUGAAAUAUUCCGCGUUAAUUUUUGAAUUUAUUAGAAUUUAUCUUACAAGAAAACACGCAAAUACAAAUAUAGCACGUAAUAACUAAUAGGUUUACCGAUUAAACCCUAUAUUGAUGGAAUAUCUUUAAUAAUAUAAUCUAUUCGAUUUUCGUUUCGUUUCAGAUAUAUCUUUGGAGAAUUUCAUAAAAGAAGUUUUAGCCGCCAGUAACAGAGGCGUUUCAGCGGCCAAUAAUGUCUCUGGAGAACCUAACUGGAGUUUCGGACAGUCUCUAUUUUUUGCUUGUACCGUAAUAACGACUAUAGGUAAAUAAUAUACAAUAAUUUUUUAUUGAACUAUAUAUUUCUAUAUACAAUAAAAAAAAUACAGUUAAAAAAUAUACAAUACAUUGAAUACAGGGUAAUUUUUUUUCAGUCGUGAUCUAGAAAUCAUUACUUACUAUGAUUUUAAAGUAAAAUCGAGUUGUAUUUGGUAUUUUAUCAUUCAUUAUAAAAACGUAUGUUUAAAAAUAUAUUUUUACAACUUUACUUUUAUUUAUUACACGGAAACAUAUAUCAGCUUUCGAUUUUUAAUUCCCCAUCCCACUUUUCAUACAAACCAAUCAAAUUUAACAUUUUAAAAAGUUAUUACUUAUUUCAGAUACUAUAAUAAAAACUAGAAGUACAAGUUUGAAAAUAGUAUGAAAUAAAGCCUAAAUAAUUCUAUAAUAAUGAUCAUAAUGAAUUAAUAAUACAAAUAUAGGAAAAAUCAAAUUUACUUCCUAAAAUCCAUCAAAAAAAUGCAUGAUAUAAGUCUUGGUAAAAAAAUUAUACUUUCAAGAGAAAAUUAAUAAACAUUUUUAUAUCUAUUAAGUUCCAUAAAAUUAAUUAAUCAUUAAUUCAUUACAACAAUUAUUAUAUUAUUUUAUUCAGAAUUAGUUUACACAACAGUAUAACAAUACUUAAAUACUUACCUAAUACUAUUGCUACACCUAAUAACGAUUUAAAUAAAAAGAAAAAAAACCAAUGAUAUUUCAUUUGAGAAAUGCAUAUCGUUUAUUAUUAUGACGUAGAUAGGUAUUUUUGUUAUUGUUAAAACAAUAAUAUUUUGUUUUGCAAUGCUUGUUAGGUAACUUUGUAUUACACAAAGUGAUUAUUUAUUGUUUUAUUAUGAUUAAAUCUACGGAGAAUUUGAGAGAAUUCGAUUUUUGAGCAUUUCAUUAAUUGUAUGUACUUGCAGAAUAUUGUUUAAUGGUCAUAUUUAUGAAAACAAAUUAGAACAGCAAAUCAUAUUUUUUUUAAAAACUGUUCGAAAAUAAAAUAUUUGAUAUGCGAAAUUAGGAAAUAGAGGCUACCUAUAGGCGUCCACGAUAUUCAUGUCGGGGGUCCGCGGUGAUUCUAUCGGUAAAUAUUGAUUAUAAUAACAUAAUAUAUUUUGUAAAAUAUAAAAAUAGGUUUUCGAAAGAAAAUUGGUAGAGGUCUGCGAUUUCUAAAAGUCUUUCAUCGGGGGGCCGUGUGCAUCAAAAGUUUAAAAAUCACUGAUAUAGAUAACUUUACAAAAUGGAUCUAUAAAACAAUAUUCAUUGUUAAUUAGUAAUAUAUACAUAUAUAUUAAUAUAUUAAAAAUAUUGUAUAACCUAGUAGUAAAUGACCCCUAAAUGCACACCGCAUUUAGAGAGUCUCGCUACUACCGUGUCAAAUAUAACUUGAAAAGCUCUUGGGUCAUUCAGAUUUAACUGCAUAAGUUCCUACUAUAAUACCUAUAUAUACUUUAAAUCUUGAGUACGAAACACUUUGAAAAAAUAUAUCUAUUCUUAUUUUACUGUUAAAUACUCGUCAAAUUCACCGUUCUUUUGUACAAAAGAUCCUUGGUAGGUAUACUUAAAAUUUUCAACCUUGCCUAUUAUAUCACCACUUAUUUUCUUUAGCUAUCUUGCCCUGUUCCUCCAAUCUCAUACUCUAUAUACUUUGUUUUACUUCUACUUAUCUUUAGUCACUUUGUCACUUAGAUGUUACUCUUCAUUCCUUAAGUCUAUUGCAAACUUCUUCAAGAUUUUCUCAUAUCAACACUAUAUCAUCUGCAAACAUCAUAUACCAUAGUGCUUCCUCUCAUUUGUUGUAUCCGCGCAUAUCCGAAGAUGGGAUAAUCCACCCAAAUUCUGUUUGGAAUUCCCAUAUUGUUUGAAAGAAUGUUAUACCGGCUACUGACCUGACACAACCAUAUUUCACAUUUGUCAUCUCUUACGACACGUAGAGGUAUCCCUUCCAUAAGGAAAAAAAAUAAUAGUGUAAAUUAUAUUAUAUAGAUAUUAAAAGUUCUAUUAAUAUCUAAGUAACGGUUUUCUUGGUGGUAACAAUUAUCAUCCAUGUCGUCAAGGUAUAUACUAAAAAUGUCGAGUUUCUGACCCCAACUGUUUAAGUUGUGCGUUGAUUCUUUAUCAGUCAGACAGGAAAAAGCCGCUUACAUAUAUUUAUAUAUAUAUAUUCUCUCUCUCUAUAUAUAUAUAUAUAUGCAUAGAGAGAGAGAGAAAUUAAACUAAAAAUUAAAUAAUUAAGUCUACAAUCUACAGCCAAAUAUUUUAUAUUUGCCAAAUAAAACCAAGUAGAUAUACUAUUUCUGCUUUUAAUUCUGUCAAAACAAUUUAAGCGAAUACCCUCGUUCGUUAUUGACUAUUCAGUAGGUACUUGCCUACUAACGUUGAAUUCGUCUUGUGAGUUGCGACAAACAUACCAACAAAAAAAAUUUUAAAAUAUGAUUUAACCAUCCCGUAGGUUACGGUCACGUCACGCCGCUGUCUCAAGAAGGCAAAUUGUUUUGCAUGCUCUACGCGCUCAUCGGCAUACCACUGACGCUGGUUCUGUUGACCGCAUUAGUCGACCGGCUCAUGAUACCUACCACCAAGUACUUACAUUAUCUCAACAGCCACCUCGGACACCUGUACCCGCCAUUCACUAUACGACUGCUGCACUUCGGCACAAUACUCGGCACGCUGAUAUCCCUGUUCCUGCUGCUGCCUGCGGCCAUAUUCACGUACCUGGAACCCGAAUGGAACUACAUGGAUUCCUUGUACUACUGUUUCAUAUCGCUGACCACCAUCGGGCUCGGUGACUACAUACCGGGUGAUUCUCCCGACCAAAAGUACAGACCGCUCUACAAGCUAAUAAUUACCGGUAAGUCAUUACGAUAUAAUAUCUUUGGCCCCGGGGAAAAAAAGAGCUGAAAUCAAUUUCGUAUAGAUUUCAAUACAAGCUAAUGAAAUUUUUGAAAUACAUAUACCUACUGUUCCAUAUUCUAUACCUAUUAUAUAGAUGGCAUAGUUACCAAGUUUGCAUUCAAAUUUUGUGCUGUUGAUUUUAUUAUUAGAAUAGAUUGACCUAUUAUCAGACUUAAAGGUAAGAACGUUGUCUAUGUUUGUGUAUUGGUUUUAAUUUUUAAGCGUGGAAAUACAUUUUAUAUUGUGAUAUUUCACACUUCUAAAAAUUAAAAUAACAAAAAACACAGAUUUCUUCCUUAAUAUAGAUAGCCAGAUGAAAUUAUUAAAUUUCAAUUUUUUUUUUUAUUUAAAUAAACAUUUUUUCCAUGACCAUAUAGAUAACCAUGGAAAUAUAAGAAUAUAAUAAUGGAAUAUAAUAUUUUCAUGUAGUCAUUUUGAUAUUUGGACAUUUUUCACAACGUCCAAACACAAUAAAGUUACCUAUACCAAGAUUAUGUUUUUACCUUUAAGUUCGAUUACAGAUCAAUUCCCUUUACUAUUAAAACUGACAGUGCAAAAUUGGUUUUGCUGAACACAUAUAUUAUAUGCACUGCAUUUAUAAUACAGAGACAAAUGUAUCUGUGGCGUUUUCUUAUAAUGAAAGGAUGUAACAGGUACGGGUACCUGUAAUUCGAUCAUAGAAAUGGUUUUGUGCUAGACAACUUAACACACACCAUAAUAUUUACGGUAGAAUUACCAAAAUGUCCCAAUACAUAAAGAAGAACAUAAUCGUAGAGUACUUAUAUUUUUUCUCAACAAAAAUAUAAUAAUUGUAGUACUGGUAAACGUUCCUAUUUUUUUAUUUACUUAUAAAAAAUGAUUGGGUAGUAUUAUAAAAAUAAUAAUCGAUCCACGAUAUAGAAACGUUCUUCACUAUAAUGCGUUCUAAAAUGUUGGCCAAUCAUACGGGGAGGAGGGCAGCUACCCCUCUCGUGGUCUUAAUUUUUCUUCCGAAAACUGUGCAAUUUCAAUUAUUAUAUUAAAUUUGUGAUUAAGUCAUUGAUGUAUAAAAUUUAAAUACUUCCAUCACUAAUAUUAAUUGAACUAACUAAUAACCAAAGUAAUAUUAAAUUAUAUUACAUAUAAAAUAUAAUAUGUAAUAAUAAUAUAAAUAUAUAUUCUGCCCCCUCUGCCAGCAAGGUCUGCGCAUGCCUAUGAUUUUUAAAUAACUGUCUUUAAAACCCGUCUCAAAAAACUCGUGCGUCAGUUCCGCACUGAGUACAGUGCAGUUUUCAAGAUAGAACACAGUGAUGUAAAUACGUAAAUAGAACACGCCAGUGGCACUCAGUGCGCCCUCAGUGAAAUAGUGAAACUAACAAAAAAACGCCGUAAGUUAUGACGGCGAUGACUUUAAAUAUUUUUUCUUUUUUUUUAGCUUUUAUACUGAUUAACAUAAUCAUGGUAUUUUUGAAUCUAUAUUUUACUUCAUCAUAAGUCAUAAACUCAUAACACAAACAAUUUUCGGAAUAUUUGAAUCGCGUCCGUCAAAACCCAUAGUAAACUAUUAUAAAUAAAUCCAAAUCUGUUUUCAAAAUUAAAACCAAUCAAACUCAAAUCUUACAUUUUUUUUCCAGCUUUUUGUUCUAAAUACCAUUUUUUUUUUCAAUGACUACAAUCCUAAUACGGCCUCUUGCCUCUCCUCCUGUUCCGGGCACUUUGAUACUUCACUCCAUAUGCGUGUGUAUGUAUAUGUGUGUGUGUGCCUGUGUGUGUGUGUGUCUGUGUGUGUAAAUAAAUGUAUUUGUCGAAAAACGCAGCCGUCAAAUAUAUAUACACGUAAGGAUAAGGACUUAAAAUAAAUUGACCGCGAUACACUCUAUAUUAUAAAGAAUAUGUAACUCGGUGUAAAUAUAAUAAUAUGUCUUCUAUAUAGGUAGGUAUAGGUAGAUAUAAAAAGGAAAAAUGUCAAAAUGAUUUAAAAUAUCGCUCGUCCUGCAAUAAUGAUUAAUAUAAACGGCCAGUCUAUACCAAUGCAUGUAUCAAAGGUAUCAUAUAUACCUACUGUUAUGACGUAGGUACUAUAGGUAACAUAAAAAAAAAUAAAUAUGGGUGCGACUUUUUAUGCGUAGAUGGGUCUGAAAAACGAAAAUAAUGAUUUAUAUUAUAUAUAAUAAUGGUUCUGUACGUAUAUAUAUUUUUUUGUGUGUAUACAUUUAGGCUAUCUGGUCGUGGGACUCGUGUGUGUGAUGUUGACGCUAUCAAUUUAUUACGAUAUCAGACAAUUGAACUUUGGCGUGCUGUUCAUGUUGGAGAAGGACGAGGCGCAGUCGGUCGACCCGGAAAAAAUGCGUUUACAAGAGCCCGGGACGAAAAGAACUAAAUACACGGCCGAAAAAGACUCGCCCACCAGUCUGGAAGACACCACGCCGAUACACGGCAUUCCUUAGAGCUCUGCUAUACCUAAUCUAAUAUUAUUAUUAUUAUCAUAUAUAAAUUAUAUAUUAUAUUAUAAUAGGUGGAAGUUAGAUCGGAAGCUAUAGGUUCCGACGAAUGCCAAACCACGUGUAUUGUAUUUUUUUUUUCCGACACCGCAUAAAAAACGAAUACCUAACUACAGUACAUUAUUAGGCACGAACAUCAUUGUAUGAUACAGAUACAAAAUAUUAUAUAAUACCUAUAAAAUAGUGGUAAUACAUUUAUAAAUAUUAUGAUAAUGCCCAUACUUACAUAAUAAAGUUAAUUUUGUACAUCGACAAACGUUGUACGAUACUAUAAUAUCAUAAUAUUAUAAUUAUAAUAUUAAUUAUUUUAUAAUUUAUAUAUGUGAUUCGCUUGAAAAAAUAAUAGAAUAUGAUAAAAAGAAAAAAAAAUUAAUUUCGUUUAUUUUUCAAGGACGGACUGGUCCGGACCAACUGCGAAAUCACUGCUACUGUAAUUCGUGCAAUUAUAAAAGUAGCAUUAGAUGCCUAUAUGUAUUAUAUAAUCGACUGAAAUCAACAUCUUCACCCUAAAAGACUAACCAUUAAUAAUAAUUCUAAAAGUCAGUCUGAGGGUUGAGAUUUUGAUUUAGAUCAGAUACAUAAUUUACUCUGCAAACGUUAUAGGUAACGACUGCUUAACACUGUGUUCAGCAGAAAUCAUUAAUUAAAAUUAAAAACUAUUAUAGGUACCUAUGUAUUUAUAUAGAAUAAUAAGUUCAAUCUUUGAAAAAAAAAAAUACUGUACUAUCUAUACUAUCUAUCUAUAUAAUAUUACUAUGUUAAUGUAUAAUUAUUAUUGUUAUUACCUUUAGAUAUAAAAUGUAUUGUUAUUAAAUAUUAUUAUUUUUAACAAAACGAAACACAAUUAUUAAAUUGACCCAGCCAUAACGACCAUUACAAUAAUAUUAUUAUUAUUAUUAUUUAUCUUACUAAUCAUACGUUAUUUAAAUACCUACACGCAUCAUCAUAAAACUAUGUGAGCUUAAAAUUACAAUAUAAUUAAGUACCUAUAUAAUAAUCAUACGAUACGUAUUCACUCCUUGUACCUACCUUCUUUGCACGUUGUCAUACGUUGUCUGCGAUAUAAAAUACAGAAUGUAAUACGAGGAUUUGAAACCUACAAUAAUUUUUAUUCUGUUCUUUUCUGUUCAUUUUGUUGUUAUUUCUGUUUAAGAUUUUUUUUUUCUUAUAAUAAUUUCUAGAGCAUUGCCCUAUGAUUCCUCCAUUUUAUAUUUUUUGUAAAACAAUAUAUUAUACAAGACAUAUUUACAUAACGGAUAGCCGCUGUUAUAGGUAAGAAGUUGGGAAGGUGGUAGAAUAUAGAGAGGAAAUAAAUUUACACCUGUACACAACGAUAAUCCAUUAUUUAUGAAAAAUGAUUCGGAGCGAAGUUCGGUUAUACAUGUUUUGAAAGGCCGUAUAUUUAUGAUUUUCGCCAAAAUUUGAUAUUAACAUAUAUUUUUAUAAAACAAACAAAAAUACUCCAUUGAAUUAAUUUUUUUUUUUUUGAUCGCAAAUUACGAAUAUAAUGAAACUUCUGUUAAAAUUGCAUGCAUUUCUGUUAAGCCUAACAAUUUUUAUCCUCAGAGUACAUACCGAAUAAUAAUGACGUAAAAUAACUAGAAAAAAUUUAAAUGCCUAGCUUAAAAAUGAAACAAAUGUUUUGAGGAUUUGACCAAGUCUAGAAAAGAAAAAUAUAAAUUUAUGAAUAAAUUGGCGAAUCAAUUGAUAUUAUUUUGUAGUAGCAAAUAAAAACAAUUUAAAUUACUGUAAACUUUAAAAGAUUGUAAAAAUUUAACAAUCCAUUAGUCAAU